GGUGCACUUUCUGGAAAUGCUCCGAAAAAGGCCAAAAAGAAACCAAUGAAGCCAAAUCAAUUCCCAUGGAUCGUUGGUACGGCUUUCUUGUGCAUUUGUGUUUGCUUGGUAACGGAUAAAAACAACAAAAUCCCGGUACAUUUACAACCGCUGCUCAUUGGACUGAUCGUUGUGUUGGCUGGAAUGUGUGUUGGCAUGAAUAGUGGCUACGCAAUCAAUCCAGCUCGAGAUCUUGGUCCAAGACUGUUCACGCUCUGUGCUGGAUGGGGUUGGGCUGUGUUCAGGUUCAUCCAUAUGACCGACCGUAUUUUCACCUUAUUCUCUUAA